AAUGAGUUUGCGCGUGUCCAAGCAAAAGUUUAUAGUGGCCUUCCAUCAGUUUUACAUUAGUGAGUGGAGUAAAAUAUAAACUCAUUAAAUUAUUAGUUAAAUAAAACAAAAACAAUUGAGUAUUUAAAUGAGAUCAAAGUAGAAAAUUUUUAUUAGUAACAGUAAUAAAUAAAUAUUUAAAUGUGUCAACUACUUUUCGUAACAUAACCAAUCUAACCUCAAUCAACAAACCGCCAUUUUUCAUAACGAAAAAAUUAAUAACUUUUUAGUAAUUAAUUUUUUUUUAAAUCAGUAAGCUUUUUUUUCGGGGAUUGGUAGGUUAUUUUAAGCAGACAAAAUGCCAAAUCGUGCAUAUCCUAAGCGAGCUGAUGUAGCUGAAAAAGAAGCUUGGUCUUGGUUUGAAUCUGUAUCUUCAGAGAACAUUACUCAUGAACAACUCGAUUUGGCUUAUAGAGUCUCAUUAAAUAUUUGUAAAAAUUGCAAGCGUAACUGCAGCUAUAAUCCUCGAUGUUUGGUAGGCCUAGGCGAAGAAAAAUAUCUGAAGUCCCUACCCAUAGAAACAGCGACUUUAGAAGAUUCAUUAGACGAAUUACGAGACCCAACUCAGUACGUUGGUUUAAAAAAUUUAGGAGCAACAUGUUACGUGAAUAGUCUCAUUCAAGUCUGGUUUCACAAUGAAGACAUGAGGCGAAUAAUCUACAAAUGGAACAUAACAGAAGACCCAGAAGAACGUGAGUCUCUUCGUCGUUCCCAAGAAAAAAAUUUACCCUACCAACCAGUAACAGUAGUUGGACAGCUGCAGUAUAUAUUCGCGAUGAUGCAGUUUGGAAAUCGGCAGCUCCUGGACCCAACGAGUCUCGCACGAGCUCUAUCUCUCGACACCGGAACCCAGCAAGAUGCUCAAGAAUUUUCAAAAUUACUUCUCGCCCAUAUAGAAGGUAAAAUCCAGCAGAACCAUCACCUGAAAACCUUGCUCCAGCGCCUGACUCAAGGAACAUACUCAUACGUAAACCGCUGCUCGACUUGCAGCAGCGAGUACGAGACCCCGACAACUUUCUACGAACUAGACCUCCAGCUAGCCCCGACUCUGAAGCAAGCGAUCGAGAACUACCUCAGCGAGGAAGAUUUAUCCGGCACCAACAAGUACCUAUGCAGAAACUGCAAGGACAAACGAGACGCCAAGCGUUUCAUCAGGCUCAAUACUUUGCCUGACACUCUCAAUUUCCAGCUUCUAAGGUUCGUUUUCCACCGAGAGUCCGCGCAGAAAAAAAAAUUAACAUCCUCGAUUUCUUUUCCUGAAGAACUGGAUAUGUCAGAGUACUUGAAUUGUCCUAGUGGGACACACUUGUACUCGCUUGUCGCAGUUUUGAGCCACAAAGGUCCUUCCACCCACUCAGGGCAUUACAUUGUAAAUAUUUGCAAGUCUUCUGACGAGUGGUAUCAGUUUAGUGAUGAUAAAGUUGAGCGCCUGCAGAACAAGCGCAUUGAGGAUGGGAUCAAUGAUGGAGGUAAAGUGAAGCGCACCAAGAUCGCAAAGGGAUGUUUAACUUCAAACAGUGCCUACAUGUUGGUUUACACUAGGUCGAGCAGCAAAGGACGAACUGGGUCGGAUUUUAAUCACAUUGAGAAAGAUGAGAAAGAAAAAAUUAAAGAAAAUGCAAAAGAGGAGCCGAAAGAGUCUAUUACUGGUAAUGGUACUAAAAGAAAGGAACCUAUGGAGCUGGAUGAUUCUCCAACGUUGUUCAGCCCGACUAAGAAGUACAAAAGUGAGGAUGAUUCUCACUCUGAACACAAUGAAUCAGUUGGUGAAGAGCCGAUGGAUGUUGACGAAAAUAAUGUCCAGGUUAAGGAUAAGCUGCAAGUUGUAAGAAAAAUUGAGUUUGAUGAUACUCAUCACCAACAAGUUAAUAAUCAUGAUAAUGAUAAUGAUAAUGACAAAGAUGGUUGGGAGAAAAAUUACCGAUCGUUGAAUGGUGACGCACAUCGUGCUAUGAGCUGUCAGAAACGCGAUCAGUAUGUGACUCUGGGGUUCGACAAGUGGGAGCUGAGCGAGCCAUUGAGGCAGAUUGUCCGACAGGAGAAUGAUACGUAUGAAAAUAGCUUGCUAGCGAUUCAGGCGGAUAAUAUGAAGGAGAUUGAGCACCAGAAUAUCAAGAGGCAGGAAGUUAUUGACUUGUACGGGAUACUUAAUAAAGGAAAGUGGGAAGAAUAUGAGUGGAUACCAACUGGCUGGUUGACCAAAUGGUUCACUGAUCUGGCUGGUUGUCCAGAAGCUGCGGUUCCUGUUGAUAAUUCGGUGCUGAUGUGCUCGCACGGGAAAGUGGACCCGCUUAAGAUAAACCGGGCGAAGUGUGUGCCAAUAGAAGCUGCUGAGAUGAUUUUUAACAAGUAUAGAGGCGGUCCCAGGAUGGACAAAAGGUCACUUUGUGAAGCCUGUGUGAAGAGACGAUGUCGCGUGUUGAGGUUUCAGGCUCAGUUGGAGAGAGACAGGAAGGAGGUGAUGGAGAUUAUGAAGCAGGUGAAGGAGUUUAAUGAAGACUGUUUUCUUGUUGGUGCUAAUUCUCUGAAAAACUGGAGACGUCUGGCUAUGGAUUUGUUGGAUGAUAAGGACAAUCAGGAAAGUGAUGGUAGUUAUGUGGAUGAACAUGAGCACCAUGAGGAACAUCAUGAUGCUGAUGAUGAAUCGGAUAGGAUUCUUAAUUUUAAUGAGGACUUGCAUUGCGAGCACGGGAAACUUAGGACUCCUGAUGCUGGGAGGAAAAUUGUACCUGCUGCGGUAUGGAAUAUUUUGAGAAAGUAUUUUCCUAAGGCUACUGAGUAUCCCUUUGGCGCGCAGAGCUGUUCUACUUGUGAACAGAAGGUUGAGAAUGCUGAGAAGACUAAGAAGGAUGAUAAGAUUAAAGCGAAGAAUCAGAAAGAAGAGCUCAAUGAUUUAUAUUUUUUGAAGAAUAGGGUUGAUAUUACCAAACACGAGGGAGUGGAGUUUCUUAUUGUCGAAAAAGGGUUCAUGGACUCGUGGAGAUCGUUUAUUCGAAGUAGUGGCAGGAAUCCACCGACGGAAAUACACAACACCAACCUACUCUGUCCAGACCACAAAGGCUUCAUGCACAAGCCGUUUCUGUCCAGCGAAAUGUUCAACGUAGUCUCUUCUGAAGAAUGGAAAAAACUAUCGGAAUUCUAUCGAACUGACUGUGAGAUCAAGAUCAAGUUUUCCAACAACAAUUUCCAAACAGUGCCUGAACAAUGUGAAUCUUGCAUAGAAGCCCGAGAAGAACAAGAGAGAAUGGACUUAUUAACAUAUGAAAACGCAUCUAUUUUCAUUCAGUGCGUGGAAGGAGCCGAAGAACCCGAGAGUACUGUUAAGAGCUCGCGACCCUCAAGAUCCAGGAGAAAAGCCAAAGGAUCGCAUGAACUGAAAGUUUCUUCACAAAUCACACUUAAAGAGCUCAAAGUUAUGACGAUGAAUAUUUGCGGCGCGCCACCGAUGGACCAGCAUUUAAUUCUUGGAGACCACGAACUCGAGGAUAGCUCUCAGAAUAUUGGAGCCUUAGGUGUUUUCCCUGGAGCUAUUUUGAGGCUAAAGAUUGACACGCCUCAAGAUGGAGAAACAAAUCCGGAAUCAGACUCCGUAGGACCAGAAGCUGCCUCUCCAGAGAAAGGUUUUAAGGGAACUGAGUUGGUGUCCAGUUGAUCGAUAAACGAGUGGGUCUAAAAAAUAACUCAAUUAAUUAAAAGUAACAAUU